CCUCGGGCUCAGUUGAGCACAGGUACCACAAGUAGUUAGUCCACAUCGUGGUUGACCUCUUCACGGCGAAGAUAUUCCCGUGUGUCUAGUGUCGAAAGAGGACUGCAUCACAAUUUUCAAAAAAUCGGGGACUCCUCACCCAUUUUCCAACCGUCUAGGAAAUUCUCCAAAGAAAAAAUUCAGAAAAUCUGGAAACAACGAAGUGCCUCGAAAAAAAGCGAUUUGAGUAAUUGUCAUCUUCAAAAUUUCACCGAAGAAAUUAGUUUUUUUAACUCGCGAGUGAAGAACAAACAGAAGACCUUGGAGAAAGUGCGAUAGGGAACGCACUGCGAGGCUUUUGGCUUUGGCACGAAUAAGAUACUGCCGUCGAGCCCGUAAAAAUGGUCGAGGCACUGCUCGAGUCGGGUGGACAAGAUGUAGCCGUUGCUGAGCACGGGUCACGGGCGGGUACACCCACAGAAUAUUCACCCCAGAUAUCGCGAAUAUCGGAUAUCAAUCUCACGCCGAUACAGGAGUUCUACACUGGGUCGAGUAUUUUCAUAACCGGGGGCACUGGUUUCCUGGGAAAAUUGAUCAUCGAGAAGCUGUUGAGGAGCUGUCCAAAUAUCUCGGUUAUUUAUCUUCUGGUGCGCCCGAAAAAGGGGAAGGACACGCACGAGAGGACUGAGGCACUCUUUGAUGAUGUAGUAUUCCAGAGGUUGAAGGAAGAAUACCCCAAGUUUCGUCACAAAAUCGUAGCCAUCGAGGGUGACUGUGCCCUCCCAAAUCUCGGAAUUUCGGACACCGAUAGACAGAUUCUCCUACGAGAAGUCUCCAUCGUAUUCCAUGUGGCAGCAACCCUCAGUUUCGAUGAGAAAAUCAAUCUCGCAGUGUCUAUUAACAUUGAGAGCCUUCGGGAGGUGAUACAGAUGUCGAAACAAAUGUCAAAACUCAAGUCUUUCGUACAUGUUUCCACCGCCUAUGCAUACUGCACACACACCAAAAUCGAGGAGAAAUUCUACACUCCCCCGAUGGAUGCUGAUAAACUGAUAACAGUGAUGAAAUGUGUGGACGAAACUCUCGCUCAGGAAAUCACCCCCCAAUUAUUGGGAAAAUGGCCCAACACCUAUGCUUUCACAAAAGCAGUGGCUGAGAACGUAGUACAAAGAGAAGCUGAGAGUAUGCCGAUUGGAAUUUUCCGACCUGCCAUUGUGAUUUCCACGUACAAGGAGCCAGUCAGAGGAUGGAUCGAUAACAUGUACGGUCCAACUGGGGUAGCAGCAGGUGCUGGCACUGGACUCCUCAGAUCCCUGCACUGCGACGGCUCGAUCCAUGCUAAUGUGGUACCUGGAGACAUGGUUGUCAAUGCCUUACUUGCCAGUGCCUGGGAUAUUGCCGAAACGUACAGAACCCGAACAGAAAUUCCAGUAUACAAUUACGUAUCCCAGGACAAUGCAAUAACCUACGACGAGCUGAAAGUAAUGUCAGCAAAAUACGGAAUUCACUACCCCACAGUGAGAGCAAUAUGGUACUACAGUUUCCGAAACAACAAGCACAGAAUCGUUCACUUGUUCUUCAUCUACUUCUUCCAUCUUCUCCCCGCAUUACUGAUUGAUGCUGCUACUGUAUGCAUGGGAAAGCGACCCAGACUGCUAAAAAUCUACAAGAAAAUUCACAAAUUCAUGGACGUACUGAAUUACUUCUCAACGAAGCAAUGGAGCUUUGGAAACGAUCGUGUGAAUGCAUUAGUCAAGAAGUUGGAUCCUAAAGACAAGGAGCUAUUCUUCUGUGACAUGAAGAAGCUCGUUUGGGACGAAUACUUCCAGACGUAUCUCCAAGGCAUUCGAGUUUACCUCAUCAAAGAUCCGCUGGACACUCUGCCGGAGGCUAGAGUCAAAUGGCAGAGGAUGUACUGGAUUCAUCAGGCAUGCAAACUCGUCUUGGGAUACUUGGUUUUUCGAUCACUGUGGGGAAUUUUAUCGACUAUAAUGACGUUUGUGGGAUAAAAAAAUCGUGAAAUCAUCAUUACGAGUCAUGAUCAAUGAAGAAUUCAAGGAUUCAUUGCCUUACCGAUAUGUUUUUCGUGUGAGAUGCUCUCAAUAUCUCAAAAUUCAUGGAAAGCUGUGAAGGAGAUGCCUUAGGUAAAGUUUAAGCACAAGCUCCACUAAAUAUACCUCUCUAAUUAGUUAGGAUUGUACAUUUUAAUUAUUGUAAAGUUAGUCCAGCUGUCUGUGCUGAGAAUUUAUUGUUAAGUUUGGUUGAAGUUCUAGUAGCGCUUACUGCUUAUUGUUAACUGUAUUUUUGUAUACUGCCUUAUUUAUAUUAAAAGAAUAUUUUUUAACGAUUCA